UAUCAACAGCCUAUCGCCUUGGCCACUGUCGCAGCUUGGUAUGCAGGCCUUCAGCCCGAAAAUGAUCACCAGAAGCCUAUCUGCCAGAAGCCAGAUCCAAUGUUCUCAGAAAUGACUGCUCCUCAGCAUGCAUCAGAUGGCGACCCAAAUGUUGAAGCGAAGAUCAAGGAAUGGUGUGGUAAGGUGGACAACAAAGUCAUUACCCGUGCGCCAGAUGGUGUCGAUACAGAGUAUGAGAUGUUCAUCGCAGGUUUGACCUCAGUUUGGCUGUCUGCUUCGACAUGGUACGGAGCUCCUGCAGGGAACAGUUGCUCUAAGGACGCCAAAAUAACCAACGGAGACUGCGUGGAUACUCUUAUGAGGGCCAUGAGCACUUGUGAUCCCAAUUCGGGCGUAACUCACGGGGCCGCACUUGCACACGGCUGUAUCUACUUUAACAUCACUUUGGACAGUACUACGGACCCUUCCAGUCCGCCAUGGAACCGCAAAGCAGGGCCCUCGUGUACUUCAGAUGCCAGCGGCGUCCAAAGCAGCUUCUUCAAAGGCCUGUACCCUAAAUUCUGCAAUGCUGUCAACGCGAGUCCAAAAGAUGCUUCCAAGGCGACAUAUACCAACGCCGACUACACAACGCCGUCGAAACGAGGGCUUGAGAGGCGAACUCCUCCUGUCUCUUCCAGUGAAUACAAGGGCUACAAAUUCAAUCUCGAAUGGACUGGCGGCGAUGGCUGCCGAGCGGACUGCGCUGAAUCAUUCAAAGAGCUAUCUGAUCAACCCUGCGGGGAUCGAGGUGCAGGCGGCAACAUGGCCACCCAAGGAAGCAUAAACGCAGGCUGUGGAACAUACUCGUUUUCUAUCGACCAGCCACCACCAGUUACGUGCAAGCCCGGCGAACCCUCUAAACAUUCGAUGGACAUGAUCAACGCGGGAGGGUGCAGCUAUGGCCCGAGCGGUAGCUGUCUGGCGUACCCACAAAAUUAUCCAAAGUCUGCAUUCCAGGCCGCCGUGCAUCAGUUCUGUUGGGGCAGUUAUGACUGGACCGUAAAGCCGGAUGCGGUAGCCACCAACUACUUUUGGUUCGACACGUCUAGCGAAGAUCCCGACACCCACCUGCCUCCAUACUGUAUAGGCUCGGCCUACGGAGAAUUCUGGCAGUGGUCUCCGGCGUCAUACAAGUAUUGCAAAGCAACCGGGGGUUUGGAUCGGUCUAACAGCAAGGUUAUGGUUUCGGUGGAACUGAGCCAGGAUCAGACCGAUUGUCCAGCCGCCGUAGACCAUAAGCUGGAGAGCCCCACUCCAGCCUACUGUGAGCAGAUUCUAAACACCGUUGCCGAUACUUGUAUCGAUGACAAAGAUCUCACGCAAACGGGAGGAUUUUACAGAGAGAAAACGGGUGAUGGAUGCUACGAUUGGUGGAUUUGGGGGAUUCGGCUGACUUGAAAUCACAAAUGCGAAAGGGUAUAAAUAAGUAGUAGAUUAGAGAGGGUUAGAGUGGAGCGCAGAUUACACUCAGGGUCAUUUCUUGUAUAUCUAAGUUUCAUCCAAAACGACCGGCAAUGAGAUUACGUGUCAAAUUGAUGCGUCGC